AUGAAGCUAGAUACCAAGUCCCUCCGAUAUCUCAACCCUACCGAUUGGCGCACUCUGACUGCCGUUGAGACAGGAAGCCGAAAUCAUGAAGUCGUCCCCACCCCACUUAUCGCAAACCUUUCAAAAUCCAGUCUGGGCGACGUGCAACGGAGUAUCUCCUUGCUUGCCAAAGCAAAUCUGAUUGCAAAGGUCAAAAAUGCAAAAUACGACGGUUACAGACUGACCUACGGUGGGCUCGACUAUCUGGCGCUUCACUCCUUGCAAAAGAGUAGCACUGUUUAUGGUGUGGGUAAUCAAAUUGGGGUUGGCAAAGAGAGUGACAUAUUCGUCGUCAGCGACGAGAAGGGUGAACAGCGGGUGCUAAAAAUCCAUCGCCUGGGCAGAGUGAGCUUCAAGAAAGGGGUGCGGAACAAACGGGACUAUGCCAAAACCAAGGCUCAGAAGGAGAGAGGUGCUGGCAGUUGGAUGUAUAUGUCACGCCUGGCUGCCAUCAAAGAGUUUGCCUUUCUGCAAGCCCUACACAACGCGGGUCUGAGUGUCCCCACCCCACUGGGCCAGAAUCGACACCAGCUGGUCAUGUCAUUGAUUGACGGAUUUCCACUGCGACAGAUCGAAAACGUACCAGAUCCGGCAGGACUGUACGCGGAGCUGAUCGAGAUGGUGGUGCGCUUGUGCUCGCUCGGUCUGAUACAUGGCGAUUUCAAUGAGUUUAACAUUCUGAUCAAAGAAGAAGAGCAGGGCGAUGAUAUCAAGCUGGUGCCGGUCUUGAUAGACUUUCCCCAGAUGGUCAGUGUGGAUCACCCAAAUGCAGAGUUCUAUUUCGACAGGGAUGUGGAAUGCCUCAAGCGGUUCUUUGCAAGGCGAUUUGGAUUUAUCAGCACGGAUGACGGUCCACUGUUCAAGGAUGCCAGACAAUUGGUUGGCAAAGAUGGGGUCAGACGAGUCGAUGUCGAAGUUGAAGCUUCCGGGUUCUCCCGGAAAAUGGCCAAAGAACUUGAGGCCUACAUGAAAGAACACGGCGUGGACGGGGACGCCAAAGGAGAUGAGCCAGAGGAAGUUGAUCCAAGCGGCUCCGAUGACGAAGACCACGAUGAUGAUGAAGGCGAUGAUAGCGAGAACCUCGCAGGCAACGGUGUCUCCGACACAGUUUGA